AUGUCAGGUCUGCCUCGCGGCGUCGAUGUUCUUGGACAAUUUCCUCAAUUAAAAACGUACAACCAUGGCGUUGCUCUUUUUCCCUGGAGAGAUGAUCUCACCCAAGAGAUAGUCAUCUCUGCCCUCCGCGACGCGACCGGCAAGAUCCUUAACGCGAUUCCGUGGCUCACCGGACAAGUUGUCCAUACAGUCGGAGCAAAUGGAACCUCAGGAACAAUACGUGUUGAACCAUGGCCUCCCGGGGUCCCUCCUCAUGGCCUUCUCAAGAUCAAAGAUGCCACCGAUCUAUUGCCACCAUACGCUGAUAUGUGCGCCGCAAACGCACCUUUUUACAUGCUAGACGGGAAGGUUCUCUGUCCAUACCCUGGUUUUCCUGAAAGAUACGACACUGAUGUCAUUGGACCUGCGCCACCAGCGAUGAUCCAAGUCACAUUCGUGAAGGGCGGCUUUCUUUUGACUUACACAAAUCAACACAAUGUUGUCGACGGAACCGGUCUCUUCACCAUCAUCACACUACUCUCGUUUGCGCUUCGAGGGGAACCGUUUCCAGAGGAUAUUAUCGCAGCCGCGAACCAAGAUCCGGCUGGUGUCAUUCGUCUGAUGGAUCCUUUCGAACCUUUACUCGACCAUAGCUGGCUCCUAAAACCAGAUCCAGAGCCCGAAUUCGUUCCCGCCCGACCUGGUGGAAGAUGGCAGAACUUUCUCUUCCGCAAGGAAGCAGUCGCCGAUGUCAAAAAAGCUGCUGAAGACCCCAUCGGAUAUGACGAGGAGGUUCCCUUCAUUUCGCCCAACGAUGCCAUCUGUGCUCUUUUUUGGAAAUCGUUGGCAUCCGUACGAAUCAAAACUGGACUGGCUCCCACGACAGUAUCCAAAUUCAAUCGCGCCAUCGAUACUCGACCAGUCCUUGGGGUCUCUCCAGGAUAUCUGGGCCAGAUGGUUUAUAUAUCACCAUCUCGCAUGACAUUUCAGGAACUCGUUCAUGCACCACUCUCCACUGUUACAACUCGUCUGCGCAAGGAUCUCGACGAUGUGAAUAACGAGUUUUCUGCUCGCUCUUAUGCCACUUUUGUUGCCUCUGUUGAUGACAAGACGCAAUUGCUGUACUCUGGAGGUAUGAACUUACAGACUGAUGUGGGACAUUCGUCGAUGAUGAACGCCAAGGUUAAUGGAUUUGACUACGGUAUCCUAGGCAAGUCGGAUUUUGGACGCCGUCCUCAUCUGGGACUCACUGUGAAUACUUUCUACAUCUAUCCGCAGGAGAAGUCGGGCGACUAUCUUAUUCUUGUUUGCUUACCAGACAUGGAGUUGCAAGGUCUGAUGGAGGACCCUGACUGGGCACGGUGCACAUAUGCAAUUCAGGAGGAAUAUUGA